UAGAGACGGCGCUCCUCCGCGCGCCUAGAUAGACCGGAAGCUGCUUCACACUCCGACCGGAUGUUGGAGGGUAGCCGGAAAGUUUUACAGAGGGUCGUAGACAUGAAGCCGGCGGUGGACGAGAUGUUCCCUGAGGGCGCGGGGCCUUACGUGGACCUCGACGAGGUGAGCGGUCGAGCCCCGGGUGCAAAAGGCCUGGGUCUCGCGCGGGGCUUGCUUAAAAACCCCGCGCGGCCUGGGCUCUUUCUCUGGUUCUUUCCCCUCCUCGGGUGUAAAGGGAGAGGUGCCUCUAAAGGGUCUUCUAGGUGGGCCUUUGGCCUGAUCCAGCAAAGCACCUCUUACGUUUCUAAGGGUGGCUGGGUGUGUGUGUGUGUUUCAUUUUUUGUGCCACGCCUCCCCCCCCCCGACAGGGACUCGAGGCGGCUUACAGAUCAAAAAUAUGAACAGAAUAAAAGCGUAGGGGGGGGGACCCCACAAUUAAACAUCGAUAGCAUAUAACAUACAUAAAAAUGUGCUGAUAAUAUGUGUGAAGGUGAGAUAGGUGGUUUUUUUUUUGGCCAACCUUCAGCCCCCCCCCCCCCGGUGUUCUGCUCCCCACCUCCCAUGCUUGCACUUUGGUUCAGCCUUUUGUUGCUAAUCCCCCCCCCCCCAGCAACUUGAUCCAGUUGUCUGUGAGUCUCAUGAGGAGGAGAAAAUGAAAGUAUGGAUGCAUUGUCAAGUUUUCAGGAUGCCUUAUGGAAAAGUUACAAACUAAAAAGCCAUGCAGUAAAACAGAAUGGCAGUUAAACAUAUAAAGGCAGUGUAUGAACACCUGUCACCUGCAUUGUUCUUCAGAAACAGUUGGAAGGCAUUUUUUAGUUUGAUGUUUAAUCAUCAUCAUCAGUGUUUGGAUCAGAGUUUUAAUAAUGAGACUUCCUCGCAUUAUGCUUUUACUCUUUAAAAAACAAAUAAGUUGUUAUUAGUUUUCCAAUAUUAUUCCAAUAAUAGCCCCAUUAUAACAAUGCUUUUUUCUGCAUUCCAAAAUCUUAUUAAUUUCAGUUACAUUCCAGUUAAAUUUAUAAACCCUUAUAGAACAGCUGCAUUCUUGAUGAUUUCUAUUCAUGUUGUUACACUAAUUAGUAAAACUUCAAGUGAGGAACUCUGUUAUCAUUAUUCUUUCCUGGGUGUGACAAUUAUUUCUUCCAUAAUGUUUUUUUCCUGCCCAUGUAUGGCGUGCCCUCCUUUCCUCUGAUUGUUGCUGUUACCUAUCAUGACUUGGGUGUGUUGUACAUAGCCCUGAGCUCCUUUUGAGGAAGGGUGAUUUAUAAAUAUUUAAAAUACAUAAACACAUAGCAGAAACAAAAGAAAUUACAGUUAAAAGAUGGGGAAGAUAAAAAAGAUCUUUGCCUGGUACCAAAAUGGCAUCAGCCAGGCAAGUAGCUUUUCCCAGUCAGCUAUUUAUCGGGUCAACUUUGAAAAGUUUGCAUCUGGCAUAAUCCAAGGUCCAUUUGGUAUUUCUUCUAUUCCAUUGCUGUUCUGCAGAUCUCCCCAGCAGGGCAUCUCCUGGCGCACUGAUGGAUUUCUGUGCAAUUCAUUUUCCAUUAUUAUUUCUGGGCAGGUGCUUUCCCAUUAUUGCUAUUAUUUACCCCGCACCUUUAGCCAAAGGAGCCAUGGGCAUGAAAAGAUUAUUUGCAUCCUUUCACUUGAAAGGGACAAAAUGAGGGUCAAGCCUGAUUAAACUACUAUACUGCAGUAAGGGCUGCAGGAGAUGAAAGUGUAUAGUGGCAUAGGUAGAAAAUCACAGGCAGUCAGAUUUGGAAGUUUGAGAUCCAAGAUGAAUGGUUAUAUGCAACAGUGCAAUAAUGAUUCCCUGUAUAUUGCUUCUAUAGUUGAUUAAAUACUAUUCUUUCUCAGGCUGGUGGAAGUACAGGUUUGUUGAUGGAUUUAGCUGCCAAUGAAAAGGCAGUACAUGCAGACUUCUUUAAUAGUAAGUAUUAUUUACAUUUUUAAAUUAUUAGACCCGUCAUGUUUAUAUUAGCCACUGUCCAUCAGAUUGUAGAUUGAUUUUCUAACCAGUACUUAGAAAAAAGCUUCCAUUUAGAAAUUAAAGUAUGUAUGGCCUGUGGACCUCCAGAACUGUUAGACUCCUAACUCCCAAAUCCCAUCAUCUCCAGCCAGCAUGGCUAAUGGCCAGGGAUGGUAGAAGUGGGAGGUCAGCAGUAUCUGGAGGAUCAUAGGGUCUUCUUCCCUUAAUUAAAGCCAAAAACCUGUCUGAGGAAUGAAGUUUCCAUAGCAGGAGGGGAGGGUUAAGCCAUAGAUGGAGAUAUUUUAAAAAAUUAUCUGUUAAACUCAAAACACAUGUGCCAGGGCAAUUGUGUGUCUUGGGGGUUUUUUGGGUGGGGGGAGUUUUUAUUAUUAAAUGGGUUGCCAGCGAAAUAGAAACUACUGGGAAAUGCUUCUGCAUGGUGAUAGUAACAUGUGGAGAAUGUAUGCUGAUCCCUCAAAUUGCAUUUAUUUAUAGCUAUUUAUUCCAGAAAUGCCCAGAGCUAGUGUGAUGAGACUGUGAUUUGUGGUCCAUGUGGUGAAUACCCACUCCAUUGUAUUCAAUGUUGGUCAUACUCAAGAGUAAACCUAUUGAAAUGAAUGGGCAUGAUGAACUUAGGUCCAUUCGUUUCAGUGGGCCAACUCAGAGUGUCAGACUAGGACCUGGGAGACCAGGCUUCAAAUCCUCACUCGGCCAUGAAGCUCACUGGGGGACUCUGGGCCAGUCACUGCUUCUCACCCUAAACUACCUCACAGAGUUAUUUGGGGGGUUAAAUGAGUAGGGGUAGAAUCAUGAACGUCACCUCGAGCUCCUUGGAGAAAAAGGUGGGAUAUAAAUAAAUAACACUUAGUUGAAUACAACCCAUGGGUACUUAGUAAAUGUGACUUGGUGGGUUCCAUAUGGUAACCAUUUUAGUAUAUUGUUUUUGGUGACUUUCAGUAGCCCUUAUAAUGAACAUGCGGGGCAAGCUUCCACAAAUCCACUUUCUGGGGAAGUGCCCUUAAGUCUGCUGACAAGCAGCACAGAGUUUCCUUCCUUUGGCUUUCCAUGAUUGCAGGGGAGGUUUUCUGCAGUGUUGCACUGAGCUUUGGUGUUUCCUUUGCCUGCUUCAAAGUGCAUCACCUGCAAAGGCAGUUAAGGAAUGGAAGAGAUAUGUGUUUGCACAAAUAAUAGCUACAGAGAGGGCAAAAUAACCAUGGUAAGGAAACCAGAAGUGAUUGUGGCUGAGAGAGUGGUAUGAGUUCAUACUUGUGGGAACCUGAAUAUCUAAAACAGGGUGGGAUGGAGAAAGCCAUUUUAAGAAACUGGCCAUAUAUCAAGGCUUACAACAUAACUCACUGGGUUGUAUCCAGAGAAUCACGCUCAUGCAGGGAGACUUUCCCAUAAAUAAUAACCUCCUUCCUGGUUUCAGUUGAAUCUAUUGUACAGUUUGAUAAUUGGAUUCAGGUCUCUCACUUUACUGGGAAAUUUGCAUUGUUGCUUAGCUCUUCAGAAUUGUUUUUAAAAAUCAGAAUAAUUAAUAUGCAUUAUGUUAAUUCACUGCCUUGUUUUUGUUAGAUUUUGAAGAUAUGUUUGAUGAUGACGAUAUCCAGUGAGAUUCAACUUCCUGCUGUGCUAAAUACCUAAGUUUCUUGUAGACUAUAUUCCUAACAAAAGAUAGGAAAAUGAAUAUUGUCUCCAAGCCAUGAAAGAGCACUUCAAAAUGUCCAAAGGUGGUUGAAAAGAAUUGUGGAGUUAUUUUCCUCUUAUAAUGUUUAGAUGUGCAGUUGUGCAGGCUUGCUUCAAUAAAAUCUGAACAAAACCUCUCA